AUGGUCACUAAGGAAACUCAUCAGUUAUCACCUGACAACUUUGUGGUUUUUUACAAGCGCAAGGCACAAUCGAUUUUUAUGCAGGCUCAAGCAAUCGAUCAGGUGCUUCAAGUUGAGCGUUUAAGCUUACUAACCGAAGCGGAGUUAAAUGUACGCUUGGAGAGCCUUGAGCAAAUUUGUACGAGAUUCAACUCAGCUCAUGACAAGCUCGAAGAGCAAGAUUUCGACGAAAUUGGGGGGCAGCUACGCAUCAGUUUUGAUGAUCUGCUCGUUACAUUACGCUCUCGCAUACGGCAUGAAAUUGGUAAGCGCCAAUCCCAGCUACCACCGUGUUCAACUUUGCGCCAUGACCAAACCUCAGAAGGGCAAACAAUCAUUAUGCAAAGUCGGCCUCGUUUACCCGAGCUGAAGCUUCCUGUGUUCAGCGGUAACUACACGGAGUACACCAGCUUCUUUUCAAUGUUUUCGACUAUAAUUGGUAGGGAUCCUGAUCUUACGGACGUCGAAAGGUUGCAGCAUUUGCGAUCAUCCCUGAAGGGAGCAGCGUUGGAUACCAUCCGUUCGUUGGAGAUCAGUAGCGCUAACUAUACUGUGGCUUUAGAGUUACUCGAAAAACGUUUUAACAAUAAGCGUCUUAUUUUCCAGGCACACAUCACUGAGAUUCUUGGGCUUAAAAGGGUAGACUCCUCGUCAGCAGUGAAAUUGAGGGAGCUAUCAGACAAAGUUAAUGCUAAUCUUCGCGCACUGCAGACCAUCGGCAAUUUGGAGCAAAUAGCGGCAUGCAUAAUUAUACACACUCUUCUCCAAAGGGUGGAUAGUGUAACGCAGGCUAAGUGGGAAGAAACCGCACCAUUGGAUACUAUACCUUCAUGCGAGCAAUUUACAGCCUUUUUGGAGAAGCGGUGUCAAAAACUUGAAAACGUUGAGCAUUCCAUAGAAGGGAACACACGCAUUUCUCAGGUGGGCAAGACUAGUAGAAUUACUAACCCAAGUAGAAAAUCUUUCGUAUCUACUAACGUAUCCAAUAGUUGUGCUUUCUGUGGAAGCACAGACCAUGCUGUAUAUAGCUGCAGCCGUUUUAGUAACUUAACGCCACAACUACGUCUGAGGGAAGCCAAAAGGCUUUCGUUAUGUUUGAAUUGCCUCCGAAGAGGUCAUCAGCUUAGAGCAUGCAAUGCUGGCUUGUGCCGCUCGUGUGGUGCCAAGCACCAUAGUUUAUUACAUUUUGAAAAUUCCGACAGGCAAGUAACCGCUUCUGCAGAGCAAAAUACCCAACCGUCGUCACAACUUACCACACAACCAGUGCAACGCACUUUGGCUGCCCUUUCACCUUCUUCGUCUGCUUCUUCGACUACCCAGAAUCUCAGUUAUGAUGUAGUGCUCUUGGCCACUUCGGUUGUUAACGUCAAGAACAAUGCUGGUACAUGGGUACCAUGCCGUGCACUGCUCGACUCCGGGUCGCAGUUGCACAUCAUCACAUCUCGUCUUGCUCAUCAGCUACAGCUACGUAGAACCAAGUCGUCUAUCCUCGUAUCCGAUCUUGGCGAUUCUAGGUUCCAGUCUGAUGGCUUCACUGUUGACAUCAAUCUUCGCUCUCAAACUUCCGAGUACUCAACUUGCAUCAUGGCAUUGGUGGCCCCUAGCAUAACAGACAAUCAACCCAAUGUUACUCUGAACAUCGCAUCGUGGGACAUUCCAUCCAACAUUCGCUUGGCCGACCCGGAUUUUUACAAAUCGCAGCGGAUCGAUAUGCUUAUCGGUUCAAGCCUUUUCUAUGAGCUAUUGUGUGUUGGACAAAUCAAGCUCGCGCCUGGUCUGCCGUUACUUCAGAAGACCAG